AUGAGACUCACUCGAGCUAGACGUUAUGUGGAAUGCACGUUUGGAAUUCUAGCGAACAAGUGGAGAGUUUUUCAUACGCCUAUUUUAGUUGAACCUGAGUUUGCUACAUUGAUAGUAAAAGCAGCAUGUGUUAUUCACAAUUUUGUUCGUCGUCGAGAUGGUGUAGAAUAUGAAGAUACACUUCACUGUCCAUUUGAAUCUAUAAGUUCUGAGACUAACCUUGCAAGAGGAUCAACAAUUAGUGCAAGAGAUGUCCGAGUUUACUUCGCUACAUACUUUGAUAGCCCAAAAGGAAAAUUAGAUUGGCAGUACAAUGUAGUACACUAA